ACACAAUCAGCAAAAUUCGGAAGCUUCGCAUGAAAGCAGAUGACUAUGAAGUGGUAAAGGUCAUAGGACGAGGGGCAUUUGGAGAAGUACAGCUGGUGAGGCACAAAGCCACAAGGAAAGUGUACGCCAUGAAGCUGCUCAGCAAGUUUGAGAUGAUCAAGAGGUCGGACUCUGCUUUCUUCUGGGAAGAGAGGGAUAUUAUGGCCUUUGCCAACAGUAACUGGGUAGUACAGCUGUUUUAUGCAUUCCAGGACGACCGCUACCUCUAUAUGGUGAUGGAGUAUAUGCCAGGCGGAGACCUGGUCAACCUAAUGAGCAACUACGACGUGCCUGAGAAGUGGGCUCGUUUCUACACUGCUGAGGUUGUGCUGGCACUGGACUGCAUCCACUCCAUGGGCUUCAUUCACAGGGAUGUAAAGCCUGACAACAUGUUGCUAGACAAGGCAGGCCACUUGAAGCUGGCAGACUUUGGGACCUGCAUGAAAAUGAACAAGGAUGGCAUGGUACGAUGUGACACGGCAGUAGGAACUCCAGACUAUAUUUCUCCAGAGGUACUGAAGUCGCAGGGAGGAGACGGUUACUAUGGCCGAGAGUGUGACUGGUGGUCUGUGGGGGUCUUCCUGUACGAGAUGCUCGUCGGUGACACGCCGUUCUACGCUGACUCUCUGGUGGGCACCUACAGCAAGAUCAUGAAUCACAAGAAUGCCCUGACCUUCCCCGAUGACAGCGACAUCUCAAAGGAUGCAAAAAGCCUCAUCUGUGCUUUCCUCACAGACAGGGAGGUGCGGUUAGGACGCAAUGGAGUCGACGAAAUCAAGCGACAUAGUUUUUUCAAGAACGACCAGUGGACAUGGGAGAACAUGAGAGAGACGGCUGCUCCAGUGGUGCCGGAGUUAAGCAGUGAUGUAGACACAAGCAACUUUGACGACAUUGAGGAAGAUCGAGGGGAGGAGGAGACAUUCCCCAUUCCUAAAGCAUUUGUAGGCAACCAGCUUCCAUUCGUGGGCUUUACCUACUACCAGUUUCCUCGGGAACCAGCUAUAAAGACAAGUGACAAACGCAGCUCGACAAAGGAAGAUAAGAGUCAUUUGGAGAAUCUUCAGAAGAGAAUUUAUCAGCUAGAAGAACAACUUCACAGUGAGAUGCAGCUGAGAGACGAGAUGGAGCAGAAGUGCAGGGCAUCCAAUACAAAGCUAGACAAGAUAAUGAAAGAGUUAGACGAGGAGAGUAACCUAAGAAAGAGUGUGGAGACUAACAUGUCUUUACUGGAGAAAGACAAGAUCAUGAUCCAGCACAGAGCAACAGAACAUCAGAGAAAGGCUGAACAGGAGGCUGAAAAACGAAGAAAUCUGGAGAAUGAGGUGUCUACUUUGAAGGAGCAGCUGGAAGACUUGAGGAAAAUGAGUCAAAACAAUGAAAAGGUCGCCCAGCUGCAGAACCAACUGAGGGAAUCCAACGACCUUCUGCGGGCUGAGUCUGACACGGUGGUGCGUUUGAGGAAGAGCCACACAGAGAUGGGGAAGUCCAUGAGCCAGCUGGAGAGCGUGAAUCGCGAUCUGCAGGAGAAGAGCCGCGCCGCAGAGAGUCUCAAACAACAGCUGGAAAAAGAGCUGCUCCAGCUGCAGACCACGCUAGACACAGAGAGACGGUCCUGCAGCCAGGGCUCAGAGGAGAUCAGAGAGCUGCAAGCUCGUAUCACGGGUCUACAGGAGGACAACAAGAACUUGAAGCACAGUCUGUCUAAAGUGGAGCUGGAGAGAAAACAAGUGCAGGACAGAUGUAACGUUUUAGAGAAGGAGAAGAACAGUCUGGAAAUCGACCUGAACUACAAGCUGAAGACUCUACAGCAGCGGCUGGACCAGGAAUCCACAGAGCAUCGCAUCACGAAGGCUCAACUCACAGACAAAUACGAGUCAAUCGAGGAGACCAAGUCAGCUGCUAUGCACGCAGUGGACCAGAAGGUGGCGGAGGAGACCACGCUGCGCAUGCGAGCGGAGAGCAGGGUGGUGGAGGUGGAGAAGCAAUGCUCCAUGCUGGAGUUUGACCUCAAGCAGUCUGUGCAGAAGAUGGACCAGCUGAUGAAGCAGAAGGAGAGGCUGGAGGAAGAGGUGAAGGAGCUGCGGGUGCAGUUGGAGCAGGAGUCCGGGAAGCGUGUGCUGGCCCAGAACGAGCUGAAGAGCUGGACGAUGGAGGCCGAGCGCCUGAAAGGAUCAGAGAAGCAGCUCAAACAGGAGAUCAACGCGGCCCUCGAGAACAAACGCUCCGUUGAGUUCCAGCUGGCACAGCUCACCAAGCAGUACCGAGGAAAUGAGGGUCAGAUGAGGGAGCUUCAGGACCAGCUGGAGGCUGAGCAGUAUUUCUCAACACUCUAUAAAACUCAGGUGAAGGAGCUGAAGGAGGAGAUAGAGGAGAAGAAUCGACAAACUCAAGAGACUCUCAAAAAAGUCCAGGACAUGUACUCAGAGAAGGAGUCGCUGUCUGCUCAGUUGGACCUGACCAUGACGAAGGCCGAGUCGGAGCAGUUGGCCCGCGCGCUGCAGGAGGAGCAGUAUUUUGAACUCUCUCAGGAGCACAAGAAAGCCACCUCACGGUACAAACAGGAGAUCUCAGAGAAGGACUCGACCAUCACACAGGAGAACCGCAAGCUGCAGCUGGAGCUUAACCAGGAGAAGGAGAAGUUCAACCACAUGGCCAUCAAGUACCAGAAGGAGCUGAACGAGAUGCAAGCGCAAUUGGCAGAGGAGUGCACGUAUCGCAACGAGUUGCAGAUGCAACUGGACAGUAAGGAGAGUGACAUUGAGCAGCUCCGAGAGAAACUCAACGACUUGCAGCUCCGCGUGGACAACUCCAGCGUCACCAGCCUGCAGCCAGACGAGACGGACAGUAACAUCGCCGAAUCGAGGCUUGAAGGCUGGCUAGCGAUACCAAAUAGGGCUAAUAUAAAAAGAUACGGCUGGAAAAAGCAGUAUGUUGUGGUGAGCAGUAAAAAAAUUAUCUUUUACAAUGAUGAGCAAGACAAGGAGCAGUCUAACCCCUCUAUGGUACUAGAUAUCGACAAACUUUUCCAUGUGCGUCCUGUCACGCAAGGUGACGUUUAUCGAGCUGAGGCCGAUGAAAUUCCAAGAAUAUUCCAGAUCCUGUAUGCUAAUGAAGGUGAGUGCAGGAAGGAGGCGGACAUGGAGAGUGUUCCUCAGGGUGAUAAGACCAACUGCUUGCCCCACAAAGGCCACGAGUUCAUCCCCACCCUCUAUCAUUUCCCCUCUAACUGCGAGGCUUGCUCCAAACCGCUGUGGCACGUGUUCAAGCCUCCGCCGGCCCUGGAGUGCCGCCGAUGCCACGUCAAGUGCCACAAGGACCAUCUGGACAAGAAGGAGGAUGUUAUCGCCCCUUGCAAAGUGAAUUAUGAUGUGACAUCGGCUAGAGACAUGCUGCUCCUGGCCUUGUCCCAAGACGAGCAGAAGAAAUGGAUCGGCCAUCUCGGCAAGAAGAUUCCCAAGACCCCUCCAUCUACCUUCGCAAGGGCAUCUCCGCGCACGAUGUCCACUCGCUCCGUAGCAAACCAGUCCUUCCGCAGGAACCCCAAAAACAUGUCGGGCAAGCCAAGCAGGGCGCAGUCCUUUCUUCAAGCGGCAGACACAACAUCCAGUACAUGCUGACAGCAUCACACAGCCUCUCCAGACCUUAGAUUUCUAACGGUGUAGUCGACUACCCCGUGUUUUUACUGUUGAGCUUAACUGUGGUGACGUGUUCUUUGAAGGGGUGUGCUUUUCUGUUUACUGUGGGGUUUUGUUUACUAGAAUAGCGGAUUCUUUCCUUUACAAACUUAACCAAUUCUGGGCAAUUAAAAGGGAAUUUCCUUUCGCUGGACCGAGGCUCUCUACAGGCUUGGCUUGAAAACUUUUUAAAUUCUGUUAGAAAACCCACUUUUGAGCUCC